AUGUCUCGAACGAUAGUGUUCAUCACCGGUGCGAACCAAGGCAUCGGGUUCGCGGUCGCCCAACAGCUCCUCACCUCGCAGCCGACAUACCACGUCCUACUGGGCAGCCGGGACGCGCAGCUCGGGGCGGAGGCAGUUACCCAGCUGGUCGACGACAGCAAGCGGGUCGAGUGCGUGAGCAUCGACGUGACGGACGAUGAAUCGAUAGUACGUGCGGCAGAGCAGGUGCGGACCCGAUACGGGGUUGUGGACGUGCUGAUCAACAACGCGGGGAUAAACAAUGAGAUUGCCAUACCAGCAGAUGACAAACGGAGCAUGCGAGAGCGGUUCCGCGAGGCGUACGAGGUGAAUGUGUUUGGGGCGGCGCAGACGACCGAAGCCUUCCGGCCAUUACUGGAGAAAUCGACGAACCCGCGCAUCGUGUUUGUUUCGUCGCAUACGGGCUCGUUGGGCCUGCGUGUCGACCGUGAUAAUGCAUGGUAUGAGAGUCUGCACAGGCCGCUUAGCCCGAUCUACCGCAGCAGCAAGGCGGCGCUGAAUAUGCUGACGCUGCAUUAUGCGGCGCUCUUCGAGGACAAGGGGGGUAAAGUCAACGCGACGUGUCCGAACCGGACGGCCACGGGCUUCAUGAAGGGAUUGUCAGUUCCCGGGGCACGGCCGGCAUCCGAGUCGGCCAGGAAUAUCGUCAGGUUGGCGACACUGGGUAAGGACGGCGAGACGGGGACCAACUCGGAUGAAACUGGUAUCAUGCCUUGGUAG